AUGACAUCUUCUCUUUCAUUCGUCCUUCUUGUUGCCUUGUGCUUGUUCUCAGUUGGAUCCGCUUUGCAGGUUCCCAAGAUCCAACAGAACACAAGGGUAUCGUCGAUGCCUCGAUGUUUCCUUCACCCCGAUCAGGCAGCUGAAUUGGAGCAAUGUGCUCUCGAUCUCACCAAGGCAUUUGUGGAGGAACAACGAAAGAAGGGCUCUACCAUGGCCUUUGAAUACAACUCUCCCGUGGAUCCUGACACCAUGCAGAGAACACUUCCCAGUCCAGUGGCGUGGUGCCGUCGUCGCCUCUGGCCUUUUACCGUCAAGGGCAAGGGCCUCAGUCCUUGA